AAAAGUGAAUGCAGUAACGUUUUGGAUUCGGCAGCGAAAACACGCAACGCGGAAAACUUCGGGAGCAAAAAGACGUUUUACGCCAAAUCGCUAAAGCCAGCGAUGCGAUUCGCAAAAAGCAUAGAAUGCUAAAAUUGGGUAGAGAGAACGUCGAACAGACGAUGAGUGAGGUUUUGAAACCGGUAGUGACUCCACUGCAGAAACUAGUGACUGCAUCUCGGCCUGAACGUAAUCUUAUCAAGGACGAGAUUAAGGAUGAAGUAAAGCAAGACGUAGAAGCGGAUGAUACGUUUAGAUCAGCAGAUGAACCCUUCAAGUCGCUAAAGAAUGAUUCUUUCGAAGAAGAAGAAGAAGAAGGUAAACAUGAUGACGAAGAUGAAGGAGAUAACGAUGACGCAGACGUAUCCGUUAAUCGGAAUGAUCCUACGCAACGGUAUCUCGAUAUGCUGCAAUCGAGGGAGAAUAAACAAUUGGAUACCGCCUAUGGUGAUCUUAUGCAAAAGCACGGUAUUACCCUGUACUCGACGUUCAGUAACUUGAAAGCAUCGAUCUGCGAGCGCUUUAAUCGUACGCUGAAAAGUAAGAUGUGGAUGCAGUUUAGCCUACAGGGCAAUUACCGGUGGCUGGAUAUCUUAUCGGACGUGGUAUCCUCUUACAAUAACAGUAAGCAUCGUACCAUUGGUAUGAAACCGACGGAUGUGACUGAUCGUAACGAGAAGGAUCUACUACAACGGGUGUACAAGAAAUUCAAAGUCAAGACCACACUUAAACGACCAAAGUUUAGCCGCUAUACACCCAAUUGGACGACUGAAAUUUUCACGAUAAGUCGAGUGAAGAAUACCGAUCCAGUGACGUACAAUCUCAAGGACUACCAGGAUCAUCCCAUCGAAGGCGGCUUCUACGAGCAUGAACUUACCAGCGUCAAGUAUCCCGACAUAUAUCUUGUGGAGAAGAUACUGAGGAAACGUGGAAACAAGCUAUUUGUGAAAUGGUUAGGUACAAUGAACAUCUACUGCUACUACUGA